GUGACGAAGAAAGAGAAGAGAGAAAUGGGAAUUUACUUCAAAAUAGUGCUUUCUAGUUUGCUGUUGGUCAUAGUACAACAUAUGGCCAGGUUCAUAUAUGCCCUGCACAAAGUGACGGACAGACUGAUGUACAAACCGAUGGUCCCCACCAUUUAUACCAAGCCACAAAUAUGAUACAAUGCGCAGAUACAUCCUCGGAUUCCACAAACAUAUAUACAAUCAUGAACCUGGUCCGUGUAAAUACCUGGACGGAGUUGAUUUUGGAUCUGAAGACAUCGCCACACUAUCAGACGGAAAGGCCUUUAUCACUUCUGGCCUUAUGAUACCAGCUGCUACAGCAACCUAUCGACAAAUGUAUGCUGACAAAGGGGUCAAAGGUCAGAUUUUUCUCUUUGACUUCAAGGCCCCCGGUUCAGGACUCACUCCAUUAACCAUACAAGGGGACUUCAACGCUUCAGAUUUCUUCCCCCAUGGCAUUGACUACUGGCAAGACAAGGCAUCAGGAAAAGUGUAUAUCUUUGUGGUGAAUCAUCGAAAAAAGCUGGAUGCUGUGGAAAAAUUUGAAUUCAUUCCUUCAGCCAAAUCUCUGAAACAUGUCCAUUCCUACGUAGACCAGGCCAUGCACUUUAUUAAUGAUGUUGCUGUGACUGGCGAAAACUCAUUCUAUUUCACCAAUUUUUUAAAUUCUCGAAGUCAUUUUUGGGGAUCAUUAGAAAUGUAUAUGAUGUUACCUCUUGGAAGUAUAUCCUACUUCGAUGGGAACUAUUACGAAACUGUCGAGGAAGGCUGCUUCGUGCCCAAUGGUCUGGCACUCACACUAGAUAAAAAGUAUCUAUACAUGGCUACAUCAGUCAAUGGAGCAAUCAAGGUGUUCAAGAGACAGUUAAAGGCAGGACAGCUCACGUUUUUACAGGAAGUAAAGUUGUACACAUCUCUCGAUAAUCCGACAAUAAACCCCCUCACUGGACAUCUACUGGUCGGGGCCCAGCCAAUCGUCCAUACAACCCUUCAAACGAUGGGGGACCCAAGUAAACCCAGUGCAUCUCAGGUUUUACACUUCGAGGUGAAUGAUGGCAUUCUAUAUAAAACUACUGAACUCUACACCAAUGACGGAAGUGUUCUCUCCUCAUCUACAGUAGCCUCCCUUUAUGGAAAUCAAAUGUUGAUUGGAACCAUCUGUCACAAACUACUGCACUGCGAGGUGAGGACGCUGUGAAAGUCUUUAUGAAGAUUCCAGGACCAAGGUGCUCAGACCAGUGGUAACAAUGAGGAAAUGUUUAGGAUUCAGUUUCAGAGAAAUAUCAAAUAUAUUUUCUAAAGUAAUUUUUUCACCUUAAAAAAUCAAUAGUAUCCAAGUUUUGUACAUUUUUAGGGCUUUACUGAAAAUUGUGUUAGAAUAUAAACAAA